GGAUUGCUGUAGGACAUGCCUAGCCACCUCCCCUUUAAAUCCAAUCUUCAGAAAUUAUGAUAAACAGGAAAAAUAUACUAACAUUUUGACUAAAGCCACAGGAAUAAAGAUAAACAUGAAUGAUGGUUUACCGCAAGAGAUGUGCUCAUCAUGCGUAGCCACCGUCAACAAAAUAACAACCUUCCAGAAAAUCUGUGACGCUGCAAACAAAACCUUACUAGAUCUCAUUGACACAAAAUCUAGGCAAAUCAAGAACGAACCAGAAUGCACAUCUACAUGUUACAGAGACAAUGUUAUUGGUAUAGACAUCUCAGACUCGUCAUGUGAUGAUGAUAGCAGAGACGGUGGAUGUGGAAGCCCAUUAUCAUCAGCACAAAGGACCCAAGGGGCUUUAAAACAAUCUGGCUAUGGUCACAGUCAUCCAUCUAAAACUGACUAUUUGUGUCCAGUUGUUGGUUCAAGUCACAGCAAUAGCCCACAGUUAAAUGUUCCAACUGAGCCUCCAGAUAAAAUGGUUAUGAAUAGUGACAUAAAUAACAGUUACAAAGAAUUUGAAACCACUGUUGAGGACCUACUCCUAAAAAGAACACACAUAGAAUUUGAAAACUUAAAGUUUACACCAAAGAUUAAAAAGGAAACAACAUUAUGUAAAAAGGAGAAACAAAUUAAACCACAAGUGAAGAGAAUUGAAGUAACCAAGAAGGAACAAUUAAAUAGCUAUGAGUGUGAAUACUGCCAUAAGAAAUAUACAAGUAAACAUUCUUAUGAGAGUCACCUCAAAAUCCACACAGGGACUAAACUUAUUUGCCAGCACUGUGGCAAGCAGUUCCUGACCGCGCGCCGGCUGCUGUUCCACUGCAAGUCUCGGCACGGCUAUGAGAAGACAGAUAAGUGCCCGCACUGCGAGUGGACCGGCGUCAGCGCUGACGCACUCAAGGCGCACAUCCGCCUGCACACGGGCGAGAAGCCGUACGUGUGUGAAGUGUGCAGCGCCGCCUUCGCGCGCGGCAGCAGCUACCGGCAGCACCGCGCCACGCACCUGCCGGAGAAGACUGUGCCGUGCGACCUUUGCCCCGCCAUGUUCAAGUCCUACACGCUGAUGCGCAUCCACCGCACGCGGCACCGGCCCCGCAGCAGCCGCCACCGCUGCCGCCGCUGUGACGCUUCCUUUAGCAGUCGCUGGCACUGUGCAAGACACGUGAGGCGCAUACACGGGGAGAUAAAUGUCGACGAAUUUGUAGAAAAAAUAAAGAUUAAUAAUAUAGAAAGUUGAGUGAAAGUGUUGUUGU